AUGGAAGCUUUGAUUAAAGCAAACACAAGUUUUGCUCUCGACUUUUUCAAAUAUACGUGUCAGGAAGAUGGUGACAAGAACAUUUUGUUCUCUCCUUUGAGUAUUUCAUCUGCCUUGGCUGCUGUUUAUUUGGGAGCCCAAGGCAGCACUGCAGAUCAGAUAGCAAAGGUAUUUCAUUUCAACAAAGUUGAAGGAGACAGAAAUGUCACUACAACCUUAAAAAUGCAAGUUUAUACCAGAACAGAAGAACAUCUAUCAAAUAGAUGUGCAUGUUUCCAGAAGACAGAAAUUGGCAGAUGGGGUAAUAUCCAUGCUUUGUUUUAUGCACUUAAUUUUGAAAUCAACCAACAAAAUAAAAAUCACAUGCUUAAAAGUGUCAACCAGUUAUAUGGAGAAAAAUCAUUACAUUUCAACAAGGAAUACUUACAGUUAGCCAAGAAAUACUACAAUGUGGAGCCACAAUCAGUUAACUUUGUAGAAGCAGCAGAUGAAAUCAGGAGAGAGAUCAAUUCCAAGAUCGAACACCAGACUGAAGGUAAAAUCCAAAAUCUGCUGCCUCCUGGGUUCAUUGAUUCACUCACCAGGCUAGUUCUGAUAAAUGUACUCUACUUCAAAGGAAGCUGGGCAAAAAAGUUCAAAGCUGAAGCUACCAGAGAAAGACCUUUCAGAAUAAACAUGCAUACAACUAAACCCGUGCCCAUGAUGUACCUGAGUGAUAAAUUUAACUGGGCCUAUGCAGAAUCUGUCCAGGCUGAUGUUCUUGAGCUUCCAUACGUCAACAAUGACCUCAGCAUGUUUAUCCUGCUACCAAGUGACAUCACUGGCCUACAAAAGCUGGAAAGAGAAUUAACUUUUGAAAACUUGUCUGCAUGGACCAGCCCAGAACUAAUGGAUAAAACAAAAAUGGAAGUUUAUCUGCCCAGGUUCACAUUCAAAGAGAAAUACAGUCUCAAAUCUGCUUUGAGCAGGAUGGGGAUACAAGAUGCCUUCAUUGAAGGUAAAGCUGAUUUCACAGGAAUGUCAGAGAAUGGUGAUCUGUCUUUGUCACAAGUUUUUCACGAAUGUUAUUUGGAAGUCAAUGAAGAAGGCACAGAGGCAGCAGCUGCCAGUUCAGCAGCACUGGCAUCACGAAGUCUUGGUGCAGCUGUUAUUUUUGUGGCAGAUCAUCCUUUCAUCUUCUUUAUCAGGCACAACAAGACCAAGAGUAUCCUUUUCUUGGGAAGGUUCUCUUCCCCCUAG